AUGAAAACAGUGGACUUUUAAAAUUCUAUCGUGUAACAAAACAAUAUACAUACAAAUUAUUAGCUAUUGAAUUAAUUAGAGUCGAGGAAACUUAAGUAGAUAAUACCUUCAAAAAAGGAUUUUGAAUACAAUUUCUAAACUGAAGUUGUAAAAAAAUAAUAAGGCUAUGUCAUUAAUGAAUUGCGGGCUCAAUUAGAUGCUAAAUUAGUUAACAUUAUUCAUCUAUAACUAUGCACAUUUCAUUAUUUUGAAGUCCCAUUAGCUGGCCAUAAAAAACCUCUAAUCAUUAGUAAUGAAUCCCAUUAACAUCCUAGAUUUUACUUUCACAAAUCAGGCUAAAAUGAAAUUUUAUAUAUCGAGGCACACCUUGACACCAAAUAGAUUCAAUUUUGAAGAAGCAUUUCAGAGAAAAUAAGUUUUAAGAUAUACUGAGCCAGGAGAAGAUAACAUUUUUACGACUCCAUUUUUGUAUAUGGCUAUAUUUAGUUAACAAUAAUCAAUAAUUCAUGCUAAGAUUUAAUAUGGGAUGAAAAUUCAGAAACUAUAAAAGCAAGAUUAGGAGGAGAAAGAGAGACCAAUGACUGCAUUUAUGUCAGGUAGAAUAAGUAGUGCACUAUCAAGGAGAUAAUCAAAAGAUUUAAUUCUUAUGAAUAUGAAUCUAAGACAAUACGAACCAGAACAUUAAAAAAAGUAGUUAUUGAUCAAAAGAGUUUAAUCAGCUAAACGGUUUUAAGAAACUUUAGUGAAUAAGCAGAUUAUCGAUUAAGAUAAACAAGAUCUAAUUAGAGAACGAUAUGAGCAUUCUUAGAAAAAAAAGAUUAUUAAAGAUAUAUUGAAUGUUAGAGAUUAAAUAGACUCAUAAAUAAAGGAACAAUAAAAAGUUUGGUUUACUAAUCUAUUUUCUAUACUCAUUUGCAGACUCAUUAGAGUUAAAUACAUUGUAAAUACAUUUAUCAUUAAAUUUAGGGAAUGGCUAAUCAUUUAAUGAAUGAAGCAACCAUAAUCAGGAAAAAACAUAGAACAAGACUAAAUUUGAAGUAAUACCUUACAAAACAUGGAGAAACUAUUUAAUAGAGGACUAAAUUUCAAACCUUAUAAAGUCUUUUUGUUUUUGCAUAAAUCUAAUAAAAAACAGUCAAAACUAGAGCUGAAUUUAUAUGUUUUUCAUUUAUGAAGAGCUACGGACAGAUUGGUGAAAUCAUCCAAAAAACUUAUAGAUUUAGAAGACUGAUAAGAACUGUAAUAGAUUCUUAUAGAAAUUACAAAAAAAAGGUUGGAGCGUAUGUUUAAAGAAUAAUUAUGUUAUGGAAUAAAUAUUGGGGCGUCAUGUACAAUCAGAUCCAAAAGGAAGAUAUUGAAAGUAUAAUGAUCAUUUAAUUUGUUUAGAGGUUAAGGAAAUUAAGAAGUAAAUGAAUAAGACAAUUAUUAACUUUUAAGUGGAUGAGGAAAUUAAGAAAUCACCAUAUUUAGAUGGGUAAAAAUUUAUUCGUAAUAAAUAGAAAAAUUUAAUUAAUAAUAGUCCAAAAUUAUUAUAAAUAAUUGAAAGCAGAAUUCAUUACAAAGUUUAGGUCUGUAUAUAAAAAAGGAAAGUCUGGAGCACGCGGAGCCUAUAUUGCUGCUUAAGGUUUUGAAGUGAAGGACUUAAAUUUAUUUAAAUGCGUUGACAAAUCCAUUUUGAAAGAAUUAAUCUAUAAAUAUAUGCUAGAAAAAAGAAUGAUACAAAGUGUUUUACUAAAAAAAUGA